CUACUUCGCUGCAAGUCAACGUGCCAGUGGACCAGUUGUCAAGACUUUUAAUUGGGCAGAUAAUAAAACAGCUGGUCCGGCGCCCGUCAUUAGCGCGGCCAGCGCGUGCGCCGCUAACGCGUCAGCUGAUCCGGAGAUAUUGUUAUGCACAGCUUUAGUUAAAAUAACGAACGUCAAUAAUAACAAAUCUCACAUUGUUCGAGCUAUGUUAGAUCCCGGUUCGCAGAAAUGUUUCUUGACUGAACGCAUGAAAAAUAAGUUAGGAUGUUCUGACAAUAACAAAAAGUCAGCUUGCGUGUACGGCUUAAAUAAAUUAUCAUUUACGGUCUCAGAUCGAUGUGAGCUCACUGUAAGUUCGUUAACGAGUCCUUAUGAAGUUAAUAUUCGUUGUUUCGUGGUGGAGCACCUUAUAGACAGCCUACCUAACAAUUAUGUAGAUACCUCGGAAUUGAACAUACCUGCGGACAUUCAGCUGGCGGAUCCUGGGUUUUAUCGUCCUUCUGAAAUCGAUUUGCUACUUAGUGCUGAAUUUUUCUUCAAUAUCACGACGUCGGAGAAAAUAGAACUUGGACCAAACAAGCCUAUUCUUCAGUCUUCAAAACUAGGCUGGUUGGUCGCGGGGCCCACGGGUGACGUCGAGUCGGAUGAGGACGAGAUUGUGCGUUGUUGCUUUACGAAACAAAUCUCACAAGAUCUCACACGGUUUUGGGAACUUGAAGAAAUUUCAUUACCAAACGUCACUAAUAGCGAGGAGAAUAAUAUUUGCGAAAAACACUUUUUAGAUAAUACGCGGCGUUUAGAUAACGGUCGAUUCUUAGUUAAAAUGCCGUUACGUGAAAAUCCGGAAACCGCACUUGGCGAUAGUUUUAAUAUGGCGAAAAAACGAUUCUUGAACUUAGAAACUAGAUUGGAAAAAAAUCAAGUACUUAAAAAACAGUAUUGCGACUUUAUCAAGGAGUACGAAGAACUAGGUCACUUGAGUAAAAUUGACAAGCCCGACUUCGGUUAUUACGCCCCCCACCACCCAAUUAUUCGUGACAGCGAAACUACAAAAUUGCGGGUAGUUUUUGACUGUAGUGCUAAAUCAAGCACACAAAUAUCCCUUAAUGAUAUACAGCAUAUAGGACCCGUUAUACAGGAUGAAUUAUUCGAUAUCUUGAUUAGGUUUCGCCAACAUAAAUUUGUUUUGUCCGGGGACAUACAAAAAAUGUACCGGCAGAUUGUCUUGGACGAAUCGCAGCGCCAUCUACAAUUAAUCCUUUGGAGGGACGAUAAAACCAAACCGCUUGAUGUACUUAGGCUAAAUACGGUGACUUAUGGUACCAGCUCAGCGCCUUUCUUAAGCGCUAGGUGUAUAGUACAGUUGGCAAAUGAAUGUCCCGACAAAGUAGUGUCAGAAAUAAUUAAACAUGAUUUUUAUUAUGAUGAUUUCCUGAGUGGCGCUGAGAGUGAAAACGAGCUAAGGCACAUUUACGAGAUAGUUAAAGAAACGCUUGCCUCAGCUUGCUUUCCUAUUCACAAAUUUCGAACAAAUUGUCCACAAAUUUUCGAAGAUGACUGUACUUCAACUCAGUCAUUAGAUUUAAAUAAACAAGCCAGCGUCUUAGGCUUAAUUUGGUCUCCUGAUCAUGAUAACCUACAGUUUUCAGUAAAAUUGGACAAAAAUACUUGUGCCAUAACAAAGCGGGUAAUUUUGUCCAAUACUUGCAAAAUAUUUGACCCACUGGGCUUGCUCAGCGCAUGCACAAUAAAGCUAAAAAUAUUACUUCAAAAUUUAUGGAUUCUUAAAUUAUCUUGGGAAGAUAAAGUACCAAUGGACGUAAAAAAAAUCUGGCUUAAAUUUUUAUCAAACGUGCAUGUUCUGGCGAGCCUAAAGGUACCUAGACACGUUUUGUGUUCUAGCCCAACUUCAAUUGAGAUGCAUUGUUUUGUGGAUGCUUCUCAAGCCGCUUAUGCGGCGUGUAUCUACUUGCGGUCGACAGAUGGCGCUGGCAAUGUGACUAUUAAUCUUGUAUGUGCCAAAACGCGCGUGACCCCAAUUAGGGCACUAUUAACGAUCCCAAAACUUGAAUUAUCGGGAGCGCUGCUAGGCGCGCGACUAGCAGCCAAGGUCACCAAUGCAUUGCGCUGUUCUCUGGAUCGCAAGGUUUUCUGGACCGACAGUUCCGUGGCGUUGGGCUGGAUACGCAACAGACCAAAACUAUUUAAGGCUUUUGUAUCGAAUCGUGUUAAUGAUAUACAUGAAUUAACUACCAGAGAUUCCUGGCGGCAUGUGCCAACCGCCUUAAAUCCUGCGGACUUGGCCUCGCGAGGAGUCGAACCUGGCCAAUUGCCAGAACUGAAUUUAUGGUGGCAUGGCCCAUCCUUUUUAUUACAUGAUGAGAGUAGCUGGCCACAGAAUAUAGGUUCUAUAUAUACCAAUUUACCUGAAAGGAAAGAGCAGAGCGAUAACUCAAUAUUUGCCAUGAUUAAUAUUGAGCAAUCGCCCUUGAUAAGAUUUGAAAACUAUUCCAAGGCAAAUAAAUUAAAACGAAUUGUAGCAUACAUCUUUCGCUUUAUUCACAACUGUAAAAACCCUAAAACUAAAACAAAAGGAACCUUAACAUUAGAAGAAAUAAACAACGCAUUAACCUACUUAGUAAAACUAUCACAAAAUCAAACUUAUGCUACAGAAUUAACUACACUUUUACAGGGAAAGAAGCUUAAAACUAAAUCAUAUCUGUUGCAGUUAGCUGCAUUUGUUGACGGUGACAGCGUAAUUAGAGUAGGUGGUCGCUUACAAAAUGCCGAUUGCGAUUACGAAAAAAAGCACCCGAUCCUAUUGGACGGUAAGCAUCACUUCACACGGCUCUUGAUGGAAGGCGAACACCUACGUCUACUACAUGCUGGCCCUCAGUUGCUCCUUAGCUCCAUACGCGACGAAUUCUGGCCAGUAGGCGGUCGGGCGUUAGCGCGUAGCGUUGUUCAUAAAUGCGUAACAUGCGUACGACUUCGAGGUGAAGCUAUGAAGCCACUGAUGGGCAAUCUACCUGCAGAUAGGGUUACUUCGUUUUACCCCUUCCAGGUAUGCGGCCUUGAUUUUGCGGGACCCUUCAUGAUUUCCAGCAAAAAGGGAAAGGGUAACCGCAUAACAAAAUGCUAUUUAAACAUUUUUGUCUGCUUUGCAACUAAGGCCGUCCACCUGGAAGCAGUCAGCGAUCUUAGCACUAAUGCCUUCAUCCUAAGCUUACGUCGUUUUAUGGCUCGUAGAUGUAGACCGCAUACAAUUUAUUGCGACAAUGGCACUAACUUUGUUGGGGCAAAUAACGAAUUGGGUAGAAUGCUAAGAUCCGCUCAAAAUUCAGUUUAUGAGUUUGGCAAUGAGGAACACAUUAAAUUCAUUUUUUCUCCUCCCUACUCUCCUACUUUCGGUGGAAUUUGGGAAGCAGCUGUUAAAUCGGCCAAGUUCCACCUAAAGCGAAUUAUGGGUAACGCUAGUCUGACGUUUGAGGAGCUGAGCACGUUAUUUUCUCAAAUUGAGUCGAUCCUGAACAGCAGACCCCUCACUCCUUUCUCGUCAGACCCUACUGAUCUUUACCCUCUGACUCCAGGGCACUUUCUGGUGGGGAGACCCAUGACUUCACUGCCGUCACCCCCCGUUUGUCUUAAAAACCCUGAUAGGUACCAGAGGAUCGAGCAGCUGCGCCAGCAUUUCUGGCAAAGAUGGCGGAACGAAUACUUGGCCGAGUUGCAGCAACGUACCAAAUGGCGCCAGAGGCAGAAGGAGCUCAAGGUUGGAGACCUGGUGGUGUUCAAGGAGGAGAACACCCCACCACUCAAAUGGAGACUCGGGAGAGUCCUACACCUUUAUCCAGGAGCUGACGGAGUCUGCAGGGUUGCAGAUUUCACCACGCAGAAGGGCGUGGUCAGAAGAGCACUCAACCGAGUGUGCCCCCUCCCCUGCAUGAACGAUCUUGAAAGCAGCAGCUUUCAAGGGGGGCAGGUUGUUAACGCACCAGCGGUCAAACCAGUCCCCGAGGGGUGAGGGCCAAGGGGCAUGAUGACGUCACGACCGCGGCGAGCACUCACCGCGCAUACCACACACGGCUCUCGACUACCGUCUCAUAUGUACAUACCUAAACCUUUGUAAAAAGAGAAUUAAAAUAAGUUAACGUGAAGCAGGAGUUUUCUUGAAGAGUCAACCCCUCAGCUGAGCUGUUCGUCAAUAACAGCUCCGACAAAUACU